UGUUGGCCACCGUUCUACCCAGAAAGCUAUUUUUCUAAGCGAGUGCAUUGCAGGUUGCAGCCAUUUCUUUCAUCUGCUUGUCUCAUUUUAUUCGGUGUUGUCUGAGAGAGGUGUCGUUUGUCCAGAUUUUUAAAUUCGGAGUAAUCGGAAGUUCGGUUUUCCUCUUGUCUUUUGUGUCAGCUGGCGUGCUUGCCAGCUGAAAUCUCGUCGGGAUGGACCCAGCAAGCCGAUAUCAAGUGCUGCACAAUGAGGAUGACUCUUCAGAGGCCUCCACCAGCGAGCAGCAGCCGUGCACCUCUGCCACAGCCCAGGCUGGUGCACCACGCCAGGACCAGGACCAGGCCCAGGCCCAGGCCAGCAUGGUGUCUGUCCCAACACCAGGGGAGGUAUUAGGAUCAAGGACUCAGGGAGAGGCAGAGGCACCUCCACCUCCUUACGCCUCCAUUGACCUUGGAGCAACUGCAGCUGCACCGGAAACUAGUUUCCCAGGUGACUUCCCAGUGCCUCCGCCCUACAGUGUCGCCACCUCACUGCCCACAUAUGAUGAAGCAGAGAAGGCCAAAGCAGCCGCCAUGGCCACCUCUGCUGUGGAGGUGGUGCCACGGGAUGAUGAUUUCCCCCCCAGAGAUGAUUUCAGUGACGCUGAUCAGCUGCGAGUUGGAAACGAUGGAAUCUUCAUGUUAGCCUUUUUCAUGGCCUUCCUCUUCAACUGGAUCGGGUUCUGCCUGUCCUUCUGUUUGACCAACACCAUUGCAGGACGCUACGGAGCCAUCUGCGGCUUCGGCCUGUCCCUCAUCAAGUGGAUUCUCAUCGUCCGGUUCUCCGACUACUUCACUGGCUACUUUAAUGGUCAGUACUGGCUCUGGUGGAUCUUCCUGUUGCUUGGUCUCCUGCUGUUCUUCAGGGGCUUUGUUAACUACCUAAAAGUCCGCAACAUGUCAGAGAACAUGGCCGCCUCUCACAGAACACGCCUCUUCUUCCUCUACUAAAGACUCCCACACCAUCACUAUUUCUUUCCAAUGUGAUGUUCCUUCCCUCCCCCUUGGAUGACUUGACAAGGCGUCUUGCAGUGAAGAGAGAGACGAGGAAUGAGUGAAUCGAAGAAGUAGGGAGAAAGCGUUACCGGUCUCAUUAAAAACAUAACACAUCUCACUCUGAAAUCACUGCUUCUCAACUCAGCUGUAAAAUUUCUUCUUUGGUGGUCAUUGUUUUUCAUUUCGCUUUGAUUCAAAAGCUGUUAUCAACAGCUGUGCGGAACGCUAGGCCUGCGUCAGAGUAGGAGCGUUGUUGAUCUCAGUACACACUUGGUAUAAAGACAGAAGAUUUCCAUUCACUCAGACGCUGAAUGAAAGCACAAUGAGACAUAAUUUGACUGAAACUGUCUUAAAUACCAGAAACGCAUACAGGUACUUUAGGUAGCUGCAACAUUUAUAAGGAACUAAGUCGGCUCAUUUGAUGAUAUUGCUUUCUCUGUGUGAACUUCUAGUGACAGCAGCUUGGUGUCUAUAAAGUGACACUUAAAAUAGAAACUUGUAGGGCGUGGAAACCUAUUCUGAGCCUUUGAUAUUCAGUUUUUCCCUCCAAAUUUUUUCCUCAUUUGUUUCCAAAGAUCAAGUUAAGAAUUUCUCCUUUAGCAGAAAUGACUUCUGCACAUCAGCAGUUUCAUACAGUUUGCACAUUUUUUAAGUUCAGAGUGUUUGAAGUCUUACUUCACAGACAUGUGGCAUGACCAAAUUAAAUCAGCCGGCAGUUUUAUAGUGUGCAUCCUACUAACCUCUUUGUACCCCAUGGAAAAUAGAAACCAGAAGGCAAGAUGGAAGAUUUAUCAGUUUACAUAUCACACACCCUGGUGCUUUCACUGUUUUUAAGCCAAACAUACAAGCUCACUCAUGCUUCAUUCCUGUUGAGCUUUUGCUUCACCGUGGCCAAAUGCAGCUCAGAAUAUCCCACAGGGUGGAAAACCACUUGCAUUUUGUUAAAAUGCAUUCAAAAUGUUAUUUUUUUAGACAAACGAUCAGUUAAAUAAAGUCCACAUUUUUCUAUAAUCUCUGAGCCAUUGAAUAACUGAAACAACAGACCACAAGCUUUUCUCAAAGUAAUUUAGAUAAUGAAAAUGGUCUGUCAGUAAAAUCUGGUAAAAUGCAUGUAAUUUUACUAAAAGUACAAAGGUUCACGCUGAACUGAACUAUGCAGUAGUUAUUUCUAUCCAUCGUGACGUGUUUAGAAAAGGAAGGGCUACAUUAACCUUGGCACUGGAUGGCAUUGUCUGCAUGAAUCAAAGAAAAAUGAAAAGAACGUUUCUAUAAGUUCUUGGAAAAUUUCACACAUUUGCCACCUUUUUUAGUCAUUUCAUCAUAACCACUGUCCUUAGUCACCUCUGAGACAUCACACACACCUACCUGUUUGUUCCUGACUCCACACUGCCUGACUACCACAUAAGUUUGGCAAAACAGUACAGUAUCUGUAAGCUGCUGAGGAGCAGAGCUAAUCAGCAAAAGCUCCUUGGAUGAAUUAGUGUUUUUUAGGCCAUGCAGGCUGGUCCAGUUGGAUCAGUGGCAAUAGGACUAUGUGGGGAAAUCGGCCUCGAAUGCGCCUCCUGUUUUGGUGCUGUGGAAGCGGAAUAAGCAUUUUACAUACAGCACAGUGCAGUAACAUUUAACGUGCCAGGCUUGAGUAAAAGGCCUAUGCAAUGUAAUUAUUUGUAAUGACUUUCAAUAAUCUAAUUGUGGAUGUGAAGUCCUGUGAUGUAGCUGAAUAGCUUAGUUACCAGAGCUUGAGAUCCAGUCGUGACAUGUUUGGUGCAGUGUUAGGUGGUUGCUAAUUUUUUGAUAAAGCAGUAAGUUAGGUGUGUGUGUGGGUACUAUGCACACUUGCCAAGAAAAUGAUUUAAUCACCAGUAAAUCAGAGGGAAAUGAAAUAAAAAUGUGACAGGUUGUGCAUGAUUUAGAGAAAACAAACACAUGGAUCCCUCUGGGCGUUUGGCUUUUAUGAAAAAUGUUAGGUUAGAACUUCUUCCUUUGAUGUAACAUGGCUCCUGUCGGGAAAGCAGUGAGAGCACAUUUGUUAUGUGAUAAACUGAGAACUAAUCAGCAGACGUUGCUGUUUCUAGCAAAUCUGACAGGAAAUGUGCAGGAUGAAUGAGCUUGUGCGUCAUGAAAAUGGAGCCUGACUGGACAAAGAAAAACAAACAUGGUUUUGUUUAUUAUUGUCAUCCAGAAGAAGAAAUGUGUAUAUUCCAGCUUAUGCCAAUUGUUAUUUGCACUUUGAAGAGCUUCUGUACAUAUGAUUUGUGAAUCUUGAGUCUUAGGAGUAGAAAAACCAAGAACAGUUACUUGUCUUAGCCAUCCAUUUCAACUGGAAGUCUUAUUAGUCCCAAAUUUGCAUUUUGCACUUUUUGUUUUUUUCUUUUCCAGAAUGAUCAUAUUGUUUUUAGGUGUCUUGUUUCUUCGCUUUGAGCCUAAGAUGUGAUGGCUUAAGUAUUGCCAAUUUUUUUUUCUGCUGUUUUGGACUCUUGUCAAAUCCCACUAAAACGUCUUUCAGCAAUAUCAAGGUCUUUCAUACAUGAAUUUAACCUCUGGUGCAUGAUUUAUUCACCUGAAUGAGUGGGAUGUUAUUGGGAUUAAUCUAAUACAAAUAUAUUUCUUUGUUUGUAAAUAAUUGGGGAUGGGGGGGUCCGAGAUGACAGCCAAAUGUUUUGGUCCAUUGUCAUUCUUGUAACAUCUUCUGAAACAGUUGUUAUGCAUUUAUUGUAACUGGAAGUUAAUUGACUGUCUUGCAAAAAUGCCAAUAAAGUUCAAAAGCCUGCCAUUAUGUUGAACUGACAUUUAUAAUCAUA